AUGAGCGAAACAAAAAAUUUUCAAGUUCCUUCUCCCAUGCCAGAGAAGCUUUAUAAGGUAAUAGAGGGGGUUUUUUUGUCGAAAGCGCUUUUUGCAGCAUGUGAAUUUGGAAUCUUCGACAAACUGCUCUCCGCAUCCUCACCACAAUCGGCCGACGAAAUAACAAAGGCAUUGUCCUCCGAUCUUGACGCCACUACACGUCUCAUGGACACCCUUGUGGCAAUGGAAUUGCUAGAAAAAUCUAAACAGGGUGACCAGUGGUUGUACAGUAAUUCUGAAAUGGCCACUAAAUUUCUCACCAAAGACAGUCCAGAUUCGUAUCUAGAUAUGAUCGCAAUGAGGAACAAAACGACAUAUCCUAUGUUUGGAAAUUUAGAAACCGCAGUUCUUGAAGGAACUACGCAGUGGAAGAAGACGUUUGGAAUUUCUGCAGAAGACUGGUUUCCCAAUGUUUGUGACACCGAAGAAGCCAAAUUACGGUUCAUGGGGGCCAUGCAUUGUAAUUCACUCUAUGGAAGCUAUGCUACUGCUAAAGCCAUGGAUCUAAGCGCGUACAGAAGCUGCUGUGAUCUAGGAGGUAAGUAAAGUUUGCCUGUCAGCACUGUGAAAACAAUACUGGUUGAAGAUUAUUCCACCUCUUCUGAACGAGCUACGGUGGCCCAUAUCUGCAAACUCAACAAACAAUUCUUGAAACACAUCAAUAUAUUCCUUUUACAAACACAACACGGUAUUAUCAAGACACAACAAAAGUUUAUGGAAAAAGAGCACAGAGAACCUGCAGAAUACCCUGCCAUUUUAAAGCUAUACCCCCAUAACAGUGGCUACGUGGCUACGUGGCUAGGAGGCCAUCGCGCAGAAUGAGUGGACAUCAUUAGCUAUUCAUGACCGCCGAAGCGGCAAAUUCCAACGCACGAGUAGCCUCCCACGUCAAAACGAAGUAACCUCAAUGGAAUGGCCAGCAAAAUCACCAGAUUUAAAUAUAAAAGAAAAUAUCUGGCUCUACAUGGGGAGAGAGCUACUGACAAAAAUCGCUACCAAAAAUGAUCUUCUGCGUGAAAUCUGGAGCGUGUGGCGGAAAAUCGAAUUGGAUAGGCCACUCGCUCUGAGAGGUUACGUGACCAAUGUAUCCUUUAAACAAUGAGUUGGAAUCUCGCUGAUGCCAAAAAUUGACAGAGCGCGUAAAAAUUAUCUUACACGCGAAAUUUUGAGAGGAAACGCAUUUAAGGGAGAUAUUUUUUGCACUUUGAUUUUUAAACAAAGUAGUAUGAUUUGCCUGAUUGGCCGCCAUGUUGGAGGGCUUACUUUUGCCCUCCAACAUGGCGGCCAAAACUACUUUUUGCUUAUAUCUUGUUAAACGUUUGAUAGUUACGCUCAGAUGUGCUGUAAACUUUACCACAUCAUCUUUACAACAUUUUCCUUGAAGUUUAAGAGCAAAAUUAGUGUUCAGAAAGAGGUAAUUCAUAAUUUUAAAAAUCACAUUUUGCUCACGUGACCAGCUACGAACUUACUUAUUUUAAGAAAAUGGUGCGGGUUUGAAAAAUCAAAUCACUAUUAUUUUGUUUAAGAUAUGACCCUCUAAUCGUUUUUCGAAGGCAAAAUCAUAUAACUUUCAUUUUCAUAAAAACGAUGUCACAUAACCUCUUAGUGCAAAUUGCCUAUUAUGUAAGAAACCUUUACCAGUCCAAACCUGACCGUCUAAACAAUGUAAUUCAAAUGAAGGGUCAUCUCACUAAAUAUUAAGAUGAUUUUAAAGUUAGUUUUGCCGAAAACGGUGUUAAAACUAGCGCGCGUAAAAUGUAAACAAACGCUGCCAUAUUGAAAGUGACGUAUACUUAAUUAUGUCUCUCGACUAGCACGACUUGGUCGUAGGGGUUUGCAUCAAAUUGUAGGCAAAAUUCAAGACUUCUGUUCAAAUUUCCGUUGAGAAAUUGUGUAAAUUGCUCCUAUUUACCAGAAAAAUAGCCACAAAGGCCUUAACGCGAUAAUUACCGUUUUUAACAUUCCAGGAUGGGGAAAACACGGCAACUUCCCGGAACUUUUCGCUGGGUUUACAAAAAAAUUCUAUAUCCAAGCAAGAUUUUCGGGAAAUUAGUUGUAAAUGUGGUAAACAGCAAACGAUAUUUGACUCUAUUUGCUGAAAUGGAAUUUUCAAAUUCCCUAUUUCUCUCUGCUCUAGGGGCUGUGGGAACUCUCGCCUAUGCUCUCUGUCAGCACUUGGGACUUUACUUCUAUUGUCAAACACUGAACCUCGGUCGGCACUCAAAUCGGGUAGUGAAGGCUGGUAGUCACCUUCGAACGGGUUUAGUUCGGUUACAAAGGAAACGCCAGCCGCUAAAGAAGUUUGCUGAAACUAUACCAAAGGCCGAUUUGUAUGUGCUGUCUCACGUUCUCCACGACUGGUCAGAGGAUAAAGUUGACUUGAUUCUUUCAAACGCCUACAAGUGCUUACCCUCUGGUAAUUUUAGUAGAAAGAAUGUUUUACCGUUCUUUAAGGGAUCCAGCCCGCGAACUGACUGAUCAAGAAGUGCUUUGGUAACAAAAGGCGUUUUGAUCUAGUAUGGAGCCUACACGGUUGACAGUGCAUAUAGAAAUGGCACAUAAGAUUAUUGUAUGACCAAUCAUCUCUCUUGCUAGCCUGAAUUUCAGACGAUUAUUUUAAGUCGUUUUUACUCUCUUAGUUGCUGAGAGAGUAAAAACGACUCGAAGUAAUCGUCUGAAAUUCUGGAUACUCUUUAGCCAUAAAAAGGUAAAAACCUGCUAUUUUUCUUAACUCUUUUACCUUCUAGGUGGAGGACUCCUCAUUUGCGAAAAAAAUUUUAGAUGA